CUGGAUUGUGCCAUUAUCACUGCCAGCCCAGGUGGAAAACUUCAGGUACUGUUUCUGUUUAUAAGAAGAAUCAUUAAAAAGAUCAUUCUCUUCUUAUGUGGCAGGUACAUUUAUAUCUCUUUUACUGAAAGGUCUGGAAAGACAUCCAUGUUCUCACAGAAAACAGGCAGCUGCCUGUUUGUUUUCCAGGAAGAAAUUUGAGAAGACAGAUGAGAAGAAUUACUAAAUAACAUGAAGUGCCAGUCUGAAACUGGCCAGGGACUCCUUCCUAACAGUAAAAGUCUCCUGAUCCCUCCUCGCAGAGCACAUGGAACAGUCGGUCACUGGUUUGCAGCAACUGCCCAAACAGCAACAUGGGAAUUGUGUGGAAAAAACAUCCUCUGGCUCAUAUGCCUGGCAGAAUUGGCCGUAUCCUCACCACUCAAGAGAUUGUCUCUUCAAAUGCUGGUCCACACUUUAGUGCACCCAUGGAGGAGAAAGCGUGCUGACGGAGCCCAUUGCACUGACAAAAUGGUUCUGCUGGUGGCAAUAGCAGAAGUGCUGUUGGUUCUGGGUUUGGCUGUGGAGUCAGACUCUCUCUGCUCACCCACAACCUUUUACAAGAACUGCUGGAUCCGACGCUUCCCAGGUCUUCUGAUUGACCUGCAGGAAUCACAGAAAAGGGGAGCCCGGGUGCUGAAGAUUUAUGCAGAAGUCUCACCCCAGCAGUGCAGCAGAACCUGCUGCCUUCUGAGGAAUGUUUCCUGCAAUCUAGCAGUGUUCUACCAUGAAGCCAUUCAUGAGAAUAUGAAUUGCCUGCACAUGUCUUGCCCAGAAUUGGAAAGCUGCAUACUAAAGGCCAGAAUCAAUGUCAUUUUGUACAACAUCACAACAGGGAUUGAUCCAGAUCUUCUUAUUUUUGAAAAACUGACGUCCCAAAAGCCAUAUAUUCACUCCUCACUGAGUAAAUAUGAAAGGCAAAACAGCACAAAGACCACUGAGUGGGAAAGAUGCCAGCAUCAUAAUGCCACGUCAAGUUCUCUUCUGCUCCAAGAUCCAUCUUCUACCCCUAGCCACAGCUUAACAGCGAACACUUACACCUCCAGCACAAGCCUGAUGGUCCAAAAAACUGAAGCUACUACUUAUUCCAGGGCAAAAACUUUUCCACCAGAUGACCAUUUUCCUAAGAGGACAAGCACAACGUCAGUAAGCACUAGGUCAAUCACCACCUCAGACAAGAAGACUGUACACUCAACUUUGAUAUCCGAGUCUGCCGAGGGAUUGUCCCACAUGCCCACUCCUCCUCGUCCGAAUGGCAGUAAGCAACACUUGAAUGAAACCAAAGGCUACAGUGGUAGGAAUUAUACUUCAGAUAACGAGGCACCUGCUUGGGAAGCUGCAGCCCUGGGUGUCUGGUUGAUUCCUGUUGUUCUUUGCUCUUCUCUCAUCCUCCUUUGCUGUUGUACUGUUGCUUUCACAGCAGGGUGCUGCAGCAAUAGGAGAGGUCAGUAUAAGCCCGUAAGGAGAAGAAGAACAAUAAUGUCGAGACAAUUCAUAAAAUAUACUACUGUCAAAGGUAAUUUGUAAAAUACUGUCACCAUCCUUGUUUUGGAACAAAUAGCUUUUUAAAAAUUAAUCAUAUAUACCAGCUUAUUUCUUUUACAGAACUAAAGAUUUUUUUCUUCACUGAUGGUCUCAGAAUCUUUCUGUUGUCAUUUAAUUCUCAACAGAUGAAAUACAAUUCCCCUGUCUCUUUAGGUAAGAAGUACACACACUCCCACUGCAUGCUCAGAGGUGUUUGAGCACAUUUUGGCUCAUAAUCUGGCCCAGACUAACGCCUAACAAAUAGUAUACGCUUUCCCUAAUUUAAGAGAGCAG